AUGUCUUUCUCAAAAGAAUAUCCCGCACUGCCCCGCGAAAGUACUCUGUCACAGCUUCCGCCCGAAUACCCCGCAGACACCCAGGGCCAGAUCGUACAGCUCCUUUCGACGUCUUCACUGACUCGCUUGGUUGUGCUAGACGAUGAUCCUACAGGCACCCAAACUUGUCACGAUAUUCCUGUACUCACCGUCUGGGAUAUUCCGACGCUGAUUAAGGAAUUCCAGCAAGAUUCCCCGGGGUUCUUUAUUCUCACCAACUCGCGCGCUCUUCCCCCACUUGAAGCGGAGAAGCUCAUCCGCGGCAUCUGUGAAAACGUCUCGCAGGCAGCCCAAUCCACAUCUCAGACUGUCGACAUCGUCGUUCGCGGCGACAGUACAUUGCGCGGCCACUUUCCACUGGAAGCAGACGUCGCGCAGUCCGUGUUCGGCCCCGCAGACGCAUGGGUGCUGGCCCCCUUCUUCUUCCAGGGUGGGCGGUUUACCAUCAACGAUGUACACUAUGUAGCCGAGGGGGAGAAUCUGGUGCCUGCUGGAUUGACGCAGUUUGCCAAGGAUGCGACCUUUGGGUACAAGAGCUCGAAUCUGAGGGACUAUGUCAUGGAGAAAGCGCCUGGACGGUUCGCCGCCGAGCAACUGCACUCGAUCACAAUAGACGACAUUCGAAAGGGAGGGCCCGAGGUCGUAUAUGAGAAGCUCAUGAGUUUUCCCAAGAAAGGCGUCGUCAUCGUCAAUGCUGCAGCGGAAUCGGACAUGCACGUUUUCGUCGCCGGAUUGCUCCUGGCCGAAGCCAGAGGAAAACACUUCCUCUACCGCACCGGCGCAGCCUUCGUCUCCACCCGCCUCGGAAUCCGCGCCAUACCGCCCAUAACAGCCCAGCAACUAGGCCUCCCCUGCCCCCGCAAAACAGGCGGCCUCAUCAUCGCCGGCUCCUACGUACCCAAAACAACAGCCCAGCUCAAGGUCCUGACUGACACCCGCGGCGCAACCGGUGCCCUCGCCGUCAUCGAAAUGGACGUAGCAGAUCUCAUCGCCUCCGACAGCGCGGAGAGUGUAAUCCGUCGAGUCGUCCAGGAGACAGAGACACACCUGCAAUCCGGCCAGGACACGCUGGUCAUGACGAGCCGGAAGCUGAUAACGGGCCGGGACGAGCUAUCCUCGCUGGCUAUCGGGGCGAAAGUCGCCGAGGCGCUGGUCCAGGUUCUGCAGCUGAUCCAGGUGCGUCCGAGAUAUAUCAUUGCGAAGGGCGGGAUCACCUCUUCCGACGCCGCUACCAAGGGGCUCAAUAUCAAGCGUGCCACGAUUGUCGGCCAGGCUGCGCCUGGUGUGCCGCUCUGGCGAUGUGAUGAGCCGACUUCCAGGCAUCAGGGUGUCCCGUUUGUUGUUUUCCCGGGCAAUGUGGGCGGGGAGUCGACGCUGUGUGAGCUGGUGGAAGCAUGGAGCUGA